AUGCUUCUUAUUGUUAAUUUGUCCAAUUCAUCAUCGUUUUAUUCUCAAAUCACGGUGUAUAACUAUUUUUCUAAUUGUUUACUAUCAACAAUUCGAAGAUCACGUCUGUUAAACACUAAAUAUCAAUCUAUAGCAUCCACGUUGUAUUUUACUGUUGAAAUUAUUAUUUUUACUAAUUUUGGUUUCACUAAUGCACUUACAGUUUACAAACAAUAUUAUUUGGUGCGAUAG